AUUGAACAAACAAAUGGGGGAAGGCUCCUAUAAAACGAAGAAGAAGAGGAGGUACUUGGAAGAUUCCGUCUCUUCAUCUCCAUCAUCGUCGGCUUCGAUCUCUUCUUCUGAAAGCGACGACGAAUCUUCCUCGAAGCGGCACAAAAGCAGCCGGAGGCAUCGGCACCGGCGGAGCAGCGAAAGGGGGAGUUCUAGAAGAGAGAAAGAGAAGAGGAGAGAGAGGCGGAAGAAAAAGAAGAGAGAUAAAAGUGAUAAAGAUAGAAGGAAAGGGAGCAGUAGCCGGAGAUCAUAUCGAGAAGGAAAAAGGAGGGGCUCAGAUUCAGAUACAGAGUCGGAGGAGAAGGAGAAGGAAUACGGAUUGUCUGAUGAUAAUAGUAAUUUGCCUGCGAGUGAUCCUGUAGAGGUGGUGAAGUAUAUAUUGGAUGAGUUCCCUGCUGUUGCUGAUGAUUUGGAGCAGCUUCUGCGUAUGAUUGAUGAUGGACAAGCAGUUGAUAUAUCUGGUCUAUCUGAGAAGUCUUUAGUAAAAUACCUGCGAAAGCUGUUCGUGUCCUUGAAACUCAAUGAAAAUGGUCGAUUAGUCUUUCUCUUGCCUUCUGAUGUUCCUCCAACUCUGGAAGUUGUUGGAGCUGUUAUACGACCUAAAUCAGAACCUCAAAGGCCUGUUACUAAUGAUCAUGAACCAAAUGAUGAUGUGUAUGCUGAAAAACACAAACCUGCUGAUGGUGGUUCUAAUCUUCCAUCUGCACAAGAAGACAUUGCAGCUCCUAGGAAGAGGGUUAUUGGGCCUGCAAUGCCAUCUGCUGAACUGCUUGCUGCAGCAGCUAAAUUAACUGAAGCAGAGGCUGAGUUAAGGGAAGCUGAAAUUGGUGAAGAUGAUGCACUAUUUAUUGGACCUCCACCUCCUGCUGUGGUCAACGAGGCUGCAUCUGCCAAUGAUGCAGAGCGUUUUGAGGAGGUCACAAGAAUUAUGGGAGCAGAGGUUGACAACCCAUAUGAUAUUGUUGGUGUCAAUAGGCAUAUGGCAGCAGACAACCUUAAGAAAAGAUAUUGGAAGCUGUCUCUUAUGGUUCACCCUGACAAGUGCACUCAUCCAGAAGCCCACCAAGCAUUCAUUAAGUUGAAUAAAGCUUUUAAAGAUUUACAGGAUCCUGUCAAGCGAAAAGCAAUGGAUGACAAAAUUGACGAGAAGGAGGAAAAGGAAAGAUUUAAGUUGGAGUUGAAAGCAAUGCGUGAAGCUGCACAAUGGAGGCGUUUGCAAGGUAUUUCAAUGGAGGGUGAUGAUGCACUCUUAGCAGACAUGGAUGUAAAAGUCGAACGAACAAGAGAUGAAUGGAUGACAACACUACCUCCCGAAAGAAAAACUGGUGUGGCAACACAGCAAUCAACAAAAGCAUUUAACAGGACUUCUAAAGAGGGGCGUGGUGACACCAGUGCAUGGACCGAUACCCCUUCAGACAGAGCCCAGAAAGCAAAAAUGAAUUAUUUGGAGGCGUAUAAUCAGGCUGCAGCACUUGCUGCGGGGGUUGUUCAAGACGAGGGAAAACGUAAUGCGGAUGCGGAAUUGGUGGACAAAUACAACAAAGCAAAAAGGUCAAAAUCAUUGGUGGAAAAGCAUUUAGAGUCCACUCGGGUUCGGUCAAAGAAAAAGUCAAAGGUGGAGGAGGGAGGAAAAGAGAAGAAACAAGAUGAAUGGGAGGGACAGCAUCCUUGGAAACCAUGGGAUCGUGAAAAAGAUUUGACAGGUGGACGACAGAAUGUCAAGUUGGAUGCUGAGAAUAUGGCACAAGGAUUGACUUCAAGGUUUUCUUCAGGAUCAUUUCAAAGAAAUUUUCUUUAAAAUACAUACCAAUCAUAGUGUUG